UUUGGCGUCCACACGACAGAAAAAAUAUUACAGGAAAUUUCUAUGUAUUUAGAUCAAUAGGACAUUUAUCUAAACGUAUGAUAAAUAAGCCAGUGAUUUUUGAUGCUGUGAUUAUGUUACGCAUUUGAUUGUUUUGUUUGAUUUUGUGUGCUGUGGUAAUUUUUGUAAACAUCGGGACAGGAACACAGGCCCACGUCUAUGACUUCUUAUUGGCAGCAUGGCGGAAAUAGUGUACCCGCAAGGCUGCCGCCCCAUCACCGAUGACCUUGGACCUGAUGAAUUGGUCCGGAGACUCAAGGUUCUGGCCCACACGCUUCAAGGUCUGGGCCAGGAUGAGGGUAUGUACCAGCAGUACAUCCCGCUGGCGAUACACUUGGCCGAUGAAUUCUUUCUCACGCAUCCGUCGCGGGAUGUACAACUGCUGAUCGCAUGUUGUAUCGCGGAUGUUCUCAGAGUGUACGCGCCAGAAGCACCUUAUAAGGACCAGGAACAGGUGAAAACAAUAUUUCUGUUCCUGAUCAACCAGUUGCAAGGCCUCCGGGACCCGAAGGACCCGGCGUUCAAGCGAUACUUCUAUUUACUAGAGAACCUGGCGUAUGUCAAAUCGUUCAACAUGUGCUUCGAGCUUGAAGAUUGUCAAGAAAUAUUCUGCGCUCUCUUUUCAUUGAUGUUUAAAAUAGUCAAUACGGAGCAUUCCUCCAAAGUCAAGUCAUUCAUGCUGGAUGUACUCUGCCCACUGAUCACCGAGUCUGACGUGGUAUCCAAUGAGUUGCUGAAUGUGAUGCUCAUAAAUUUGAUCGAGCCGACAAAGAGAGAGCACAAACAUGCGUAUGGUCUCGCGAAAGAACUCAUAAUAAAGACUAGUGAGACUUUAGAACCAUAUAUACAAGCGUUCUUUAACCAUGUCCUGAUUCUCGGCAAAGAAGAUAAGGAACUACUCAUAUUCUCCAAAGUUUAUGAACUGAUAUACGAAUUAUACCAAUGCUGUCCUUCAUUACUAUUGGCUGUGCUACCACAACUAGAGUGCAAGUUAAAAUCAGCGCAGUUCCAUGAAAGACUCAGCGGCGUCGCUUUGCUUGCUAGAAUGUUCUCCGAACCCGGUUCAGAACUAGCGAAACAAUAUCCAGCACUAUGGAGAGCAUUUUUAGGUCGAUUUAACGAUAUAUCAGUACCUAUUAGAAUAAAAUGCGUUCAAUACUGUAUGCAUUUUCUUGUACACCACCCGGAUUUGAGAAAAGAUAUCACAGAAACAUUAAAACUUAGGCAACACGAUGCUCACGAGCAAGUUCGUUACGAGGUCGUUAUGGCUAUAAUCGCUACGGCCCAGAGGGAUUUCCAAGCUGUCGCCGAAUCUGAGGAUCUCCUACAUUUCGUUAGGGAAAGAACGUUGGACAAGAAGUUUAAAAUACGAAAAGAAGCUAUGUCUGGGCUUGCAAUGAUAUACAAAAAGUUCCUAACAGAAGACAGCGUACCUCCCGCCACGGAGAAGGCCGUGCAGUGGAUUAAAGAUAAAAUUCUCCACGGCUACUACAUGACCGCUCUAGAGGACAGACUGUUAGUUGAGAGACUUCUCAAUACGUCGCUAGUUCCGUACACUCUGCCUGCGCCAGUCAGAAUGCAAAAGCUGUACUACUUAAUGUCAAAUGUCGAUGAUAAUGCAACCAAAGCAUUCAUUGAGUUACAAAAACAUCAGCUGGCAGUACGACGUACGGUGGCCGAAUGGAUUGAUUUACAUAGAAAACCGCAGACACCGGCCGUGCAAAAGGAAUUGAUAUCUAAAGUUCUGCACAUAAGCUCCAAAUUUCUCCCUGAGUCGGUGAAGGCACAAGAAUUUCUGAAUAAAUUUUCAGUUCACAUGAAACAAGCUCCUGAAUUGUUGCAAGGCAUGGAAACUAUUUUAAAUCCAAAUGUUAGCUGUGAAGUUUGUGUACGCACAACUUCGAACGUGUUAAAGAAGCUGGGACAGCCGGUGAUGACCAAUCUCUACUACAAUACAGUGAAGAUGUUGCUGGAACGCGUCAGCUCGGUGAUGAUCGAUCAUGAUUCGUUGCUGAUACUCGUGGGCUAUGUGGAGGGCGCUGUAAAAGGAACAGAUCCGUCCAUCGCCGAAGAGUGUGGCAUAGAACUAAAGAAGUGCGCAGAGAGGGGUCUCAAGUUACUGGUGAUGCUGUCGUUCGUGUUCCCCGCGCACUUCCUCCACGAGGAUGUUCUGAACAGGCUCACGUCGCUGCUGGAGUUGGACGACGAGGCCGUCGCACCGCAUAUACUCGCCGCACUCACGUUCCUCGGGAAGUACCGCCCUCUCGGAGAGGCGUGUCCUUCUUUAUUCCCAAAACUGAUCGUACUCUGCAAGGCAUAUGCUGAAGUUGGCACUCCAAAGCAAGCUAAGAAUGCUGUCAGGUGUCUAUUCGUGAAUGUUCCCGAGCAGCGCACGCAGAUCUUCACGGAGAUAUUGGAGACGCUAAAAACAACGUUGAGUCCACAUUCGGAACACUACCGCACUGCUAUAGUCACACUUGGUCACAUCGCUCAUAAUCUGCCAGACAAUUUCCCUGUUCACAUCAAAAAUAUUGUCUCCAGGAAGAUAGUGAAAGAACUAUUGGUCCGCGAAGGCGGUGGUGGUCCAAACGCCCCCGGUGACGAUUGGUGCAGUGAGGACGAGUUACCUGAGGAGACUCGUUGCAAGCUGGAAGGACUCAAGUGUAUGGCGCGGUGGUUACUCGGACUGAAGAAAGAUGAAUUGUCAGCACAGAAGACGUUCAGGAUGCUAAACGCGUUCAUUGUACACAAAGGAGAUUUAUUACAGGUGAACAGUCAAAACCAGUUGUCUAAAGCGGAGAUGGCUCACCUGCGGCUGGCGGCGGGAGCGGCCAUGCUCAAGAUCUGCGAACAGAAGGGCGUCGGCGAUCAGUUCACGGCCGAGCAGUUCUAUAAUCUUUCACACCUCAUGAUUGAUAACGUCCCACAAGUGAGAGAAACGUUUGCAGCGAAAUUACACAAAGGACUAUCAAAGGGUAUACCGAACAAGUGUUUACCACUGGACUUCAUGGGGAUGUACGCGCUGGCCGGCCGGGAGCCCGACCGCCGCGUGCGAUCGAUCGUGCGACAGUACAUGAUGGCCGAUGUCGUGCGACGUCGCGAGUACGUGCGGAACAUCACCGUCGGCACUAAAGUGGAGCGCGCGGUGAGCCAGCUGCCUCACAUCCUGCCGGACUACAUGCUGGUGUUCGCGGUGCCCGUGCUCACACACGACCCCGCCUUCACCAACUUCGACAACGUCGCGCAGCUCAAGACGGUGAAGCAGUGUCUAUGGUUUAUCCUGGAGCCACUGAUCACACGUAACGACUUCUACUGCUAUGGGUUCUACAAGAGUCUCGUGGAGCGUAUGAAGAACCACAAGGACGCGCUCAAUGAAUCAGAUGACGCUGUUAAUUACAAACUAUGGGCGGUGUGCGACCUGGCCAUGUCCGUGAUCUGGGCGCGAUCGCAGAGCUUCGAGUUGCGCGACUUCCCGUCGGACGCGCGCAUUCCCAGCAUGUACUUCGCGCCGCAAUCAGACUACUUCGUCAACACGCGCGUGUUCCUACCGCCAGAGUUACAGUUCCAACCUAAACGACAGGCGUCGAAUCCAGACGUCAAUGCUCGCGGCAAAAAGCGGCCCCGACCCUUGGUGGACGAAGCAUUUGCAAACGACGUUGAGCCAUCAGAAGCGUCCGACACACAAAUCCAACUGCCAGGACUUGAGCAACCUCCCGAAACUGACUUAGAGGAGCCGGCCAACAAACGCACCAUCAGCGAAUGAGCCCCUCACCACGCAAUGGCAGGUUCUAAACUGUCGCACGAUGUAGACUUCACUGUCGCACGAUUUACUGUCGCGAAUAUGUUUUCAACAAUCUUUUUUAAUGUUUUAGUUGUCUCAUAAUAAAUCCUAAUCAAAUUUAAUUGUAAAAUAUUGAUUCUAUAUUGUAAUGACGUUUUAUUAUUUUAUUUAUAAACAAGUCAUGUGGGUUGUCAUCGUAAAGUUUUCCACGUAUGAUGUCUAUUAAGAUAAUUGUAUAGGUUGAAAAUUAUUUUUCCUACUGACACGGUUUUCAACCUUGUUUUAGGGUAAUUAAAGUGUAUUUUACUCUAAAGCAAAUUAUAUAAUAAAUUUCGAUGUCUGCGACAAAAAGCGACUAUUAUUGAUUCCAAAUUGAUAGUUUCGUCUACAACGUACGACUUUCAAUUAAAAUUGUCCCGUUCUGGAGCAACCAGAUCCCAGUCAGGUAAUCAUACGCUUAAAACAUUAAAGACUGGUUACUAUACUAUCCAAAACUGACACCUAAAUAUAUUAAUUGUAAGGUUUAAAAUCCUGGGUUACGUUUAGUAACUACAAUUAUGUGGUGUGCAUUAUAUCCGGAUUCAUUAUGUUCAUUUAUAGUGAUAUACAUUAUAAUUACACAUUUUUCGAACAAGGAGUCUGAACACUAAUGUUAGUUUUAUGUAUCAAGAAUAAAACUAAUACGACAAAAGUUGUAUUUAUAAAUAAUAUAAGAUAUGUAAAUGAGAAUAAAAUGCGCUAUUCCAGUUAAAGUUGACCGUGUCAUAGUUAUGAUGCCAAGUCACGGAUCCCGCUAACUUUAUUUAAAAUUUACUGGGCUUUGUAUUUUUUUAAUCAAUGACAAUUAUAAAAUUUCAUAGAAAAAUACCGUAUGAUAAAAAUCUUUUUUCAAAUAGUAUAUAGUAAUAAAAAAGAUCGUGUAAAAGCAAUCAUGACAGUUAAUAAUGAAAAGUGUAUUUUUCUUUGAAAUCUACAAGCACUAAAAUUAGAUAUAUUUGAACCCAAGAUCACAUCAUUCUAAAGUGUGUUUACUUGGUUCCAUACACAGCAUCAAUUUAACAUUUUAAUAUGAUAAUGUUAGUGGGCCGUGAGAUAAUGUGCUACUAAUAUGUCUAGUGUAAUAUUAAUUUUACAAUAACAUUUUUGUGAUUCAUUUUAGUUUCGGUAUAUCAAAAGAUUCUAUAAUAUGCAACUGUACUUUUAAAACAAGCACGAGCAGAAAUAGCUUAUAUAUAAGUACAGCUCAUUUUAUUUAUUAAUUUAAUCAUACACUGCUAUAUUUAUAAAUUUCAACUUUAGUUCUUUGUGCUUUAAAAUUACAUAAAUAUUAAAUGACAAAAAAAGAAUGUAUGCUGGGACACAAAGUAGAAAUGAAACUUCAACGGAAAAGUCUCUUCCCUUCACAACACG